AUGAAUAUCAAUAGGAAACUCGACCGGGUUAAGCAAUGGGCGGGGGAGAAGAUGGGCGCGGAGGCCAAGACCAAUGUAUCCGAGGAAUUCAAGGCUCUGGAGUUGGAGAUGGCUCUCAGGCAUGAUGGGAUGGAGAAGCUGCAGAAGUCCAUGACCGUCUACGUCAAAUCCCUCUCAAGACGAAAUGAUACGGAAGAUAAGGAGAAGACACUGCCGGUGGCAUACUUGGGGCAGACGAUGAUGCAUCACGGCGAAGACUUUGAACCCGACUCAGAUUUUGGAAACUGCCUGAUCGGCAUGGGUAGAGCGAACGACAGAAUCGCAAGAUUCCAGGAGGCGUACGUUGCAAAUGCUACAUCGGGAUGGCUUGAAUCAGUGGAGCGAUCCUUGGUAAUGAUGAAGGAAUAUCAGGCUGCACGAAAGAAGCUUGAAAACCGGCGGCUUGCCUACGAUGCCUCCCUGACCAAGAUGCAAAAGAAUAAGAAGGAAGACUUCAGAACCGAAGAGGAACUGCGGUCCCAGAAAGCCAAAUACGAAGAAUCCAACGAGGAUGUACUAAGACGAAUGGAAGACAUCAAGGAAGCGGAAGCGGAUAGUGUGGCUGACCUUCACGCAUUCUUGGAGGCCGAGCUGGAAUACUAUGAUAGAUGCCGUGAAGAGCUCCUACGGUUGAAGAGAGAUUGGCCAGCUCGAAAUGUCCCUGUCCAACGUGAAAGACGACCGACCGGUCGAUCUCGCUCAAACACGGCUCGCUCAUUCGGUGGUGAGAGGUACAACAUCUACGAGGAACCUCCAAUGCCAGUACCAGAUCCAGAGCCGGUCAGACAAUAUAUCCGCUCUCAAACCCGAGUCCCAGCCCCAUCCCGCUUGGAAACUCCUAUUGACACUCGCACCCGUGAUGAAUAUUCCUCAUCUCCAUCAAGACCCAAUAUCGGUCGCGCCACCACCUUCCAAGGUCCCACCACGAUCUAUCGUGAGUCGCCUACCUCAAACCGUCAAAACUCUAUCCCGAAUGAACUGGCUCUUCGAGGUCAGCUCCGGCAAACCAACCGAAUCAACACUGGGACAGAUUUGUUCGGCGAUCCAUCCGAUGAGUCUACUAUCAACAGCGCCAGCCCAGACCGUUCUUAUGGAGCUAGGAGUGUGAGCCCUGCUACUAGCCAUGAAAGUUCUGAAAACCGAACGGCGACUGGCAAGAAGGCCCCACCACCUCCACCGCCGAGCCGAGCAAAGAAGCCCCCGCCACCACCCCCGAUGAAACGUGCGGACAUCAGCUCGAGCGGUAUAAAUCGGUCCUAA